GACGACGACGACAAGACACACACCCUCGGUGAAUAAUGACGCAAUCAAACGGGGACCGACGUUAUUAUCACUGCAACCUUGGACAGCUCUGUUUUAAAAUCGAGAAGAAACCUUAGAUAUUAAAACAAAUCUAGAAUCCAUGGAAGAAACCACGUGACGGGCGUUUUGCAUUACUUGUCACGCGAGUAGUUGACUCGAUGCUGCAUGUAUGAAACAUAGAGAAGGCAUGCUGUCGUCACACAUGUUGCCAAGUAUGUCUCGAGCUAUUUUAUAGAGUAUGGUCUCGAGGCGGCAUGUCCAUGUGUCGUUUAGGUUCUCAGGCGAUAUUAUAGUGUGUCAUUUAGUAACACUGCAGGCAUGUUGAUGCUUGGUUGGAGUUCAUACCUGUGACAAAACACAACAGUGAAAGCAGGAAACCCUAGCUUUUAAUCCAUCAUUUCAUUUCACGCGCCUCAGGGACUCGAAUGUAUUUCCGGACUACAAACUAGACAGCCAAUGACGCGCUCGAGACUGCGCUCCGUGUUCUCAACCCGCUGUGUGGUCUUUGCUCUAGUGUGUUAAGUUUGUGCAGCCCAUGAGUGUUUCACUGAUCCCCAGAGAGGACGGUCUAUUAGUGUCAAAUAUAAAUAAUCAGAAAGGCUUACAAAUUCAAUGUGAAGUGUCAUCUACAUUUGAAGAUACCAUGCAAAACUCAGCACGUUAUCUCAUCUUUUUCCAGUAUAUUGGAACAAAAUACAGCGGUGCAGUGAGAGUGCCUCCACAUCAGCUGGCUAAAAAAGGAGUCCAGAACUAUUUGGAGGACGCAAUAAAAAGGCUGAAACCACUUCACCCAGUGUCACUGACAGUGUCCAGUCGGACAGACACAGGCGUACAUGCCUUUUCAAACUCCGCUCACUUUGACCUUCAACGCAAGAAUGAUAUGCCGCCGUUUCCUGCGGAUGUUCUUGUGGAAGCUGUUAACUUUCACCUGGGGACAGAGCAGAUCAGGGUCACUCAUGCCCAACGUGUGCCUGAUGACUUCCACGCCCGCUUCCGUGCCCAAUCUCGGACCUACGUCUACCGGAUAGCCCUUGGAGUCCCCCACUACUCUCUGCUUCCCCUCACAGACCGUGAUCUCUGCUGGAGCCUCCGCCAAACGGAGCUGGACGUAGGAGCCAUGCGUGAGGCUGCAGCCCUGCUGGUCGGGGUUCAUGAUUUUAGCAGCUUCAGAGCCGUCAACUCUGACCUGCCUUUAAAAAGUCCUGUGAAGACGCUGGAUUUGGCCAGCAUACAGCCAGGAGGAUCCUUUACACAGGCACAUUUCCACCGAAAGAUAUCAUUCUGGGAGCUGACUUUCAGAAGCAGAUCUUUUCUUUAUAAGCAGGUGCGCAGGAUGACGGGGGCCCUGGUGGCUGUGGGUCAGGGACGGCUCUCUGUGCCCCAGCUGAAGGAGAUACUGGCGGCUCGGGACUCUCUUGCUUACCCACAAGGCCUUGCUGCUCCAGCUCAUGGCCUCUUCCUCACCAGAGUGGAAUACAGAGAAGAAGACCUUCAACUUUCCCAACAAACAUCAGAAGAGUAAAUUUUCUCCAGUGAAAACUCAGAGGAUAUAUCUGCUUUAUUUAACUGUGAUUGAACUGUAAAUAAUAAACUGUUUACCCAAACCUCUUUAGACAAA